AUGCAUUAAUAAAUGACCUGAACUUCCCUAUGAGCUUCCUUUUUAGUUGAAAACGUCAACUGGGCUUACUUUUGAAUUCUAUUAAUUCUCGCCUUGCCUUCUAUUUUCCUUUUGUAUUUCUCUCUUUUCGGUUAUUUAAGAGCUUCUGUGUGGUGUGGUACAGCAAUAAGACCUACCCCAGUGAGCAAUACAAGAAGAAGAGGAAGAGCUAUUACAGUUUUAAAAAGGGAAAGAACGAAGGAAGAGAGAGAAGAAGAUGGUGGAAACGGCAAACAACCACCAGCAGGCGUCGGCGCCUCCGCUCCCAGCGCUGCCUCUUGGAGCCGCGAGAGGUCCCACUUGGCCUCCCGCCGAGCAACUCCAGCAACUCCAGUACUGCAUUCAAUCCAACCCUUAUUGGCCGGAAGCAUUCUUACUGGCAUUCCAGCACUACAUCGUAAUGCUUGGAACUACCGUUUUAAUUGCUACAACACUAGUGCCUCGCAUGGGCGGGGACCAUGGUGAUAAAGCCCGUGUUAUUCAAACAAUACUUUUUAUGGCGGGACUGAACACAUUGCUUCAAACGAUGCUUGGGACGAGGCUCCCUACAGUGAUGGGUGCAUCAUUUGCAUUCUUCCUACCAGUGUUGGCAAUUAUCAAUGAUUUAGGUGAUGAGGACUUCACAACUGGGCAUGAGAGAUUUGUCCACACAAUGAGAACAAUUCAAGGAUCCAUGAUUGUAUCUUCCUUUGUCAACAUUAUUCUUGGAUAUAGUAAGACAUGGGGGAAUUUGACAAGACUAUUUAGUCCGGUAGUUCUCGUACCGGUGGUUUGUGUUGUGGGUCUUGGUCCAUUCAUGAGGGGCUUCCCAGUGCUUGCUAACUGUGUGGAGAUUGGCCUGCCCAUGCUUAUUCUUCUGGUUGUUGCCCAGCAGUAUUUGAAGCGCAUCAUUCCUAGGGCCCAUAUCAUACUUGAGAGGUUCGGUUUGCUUUUUUGCAUUGGUAUCAUCUGGGCUUUUGCAACUAUCCUCACAGUGGCUGGUGCUUACAACAACGUACCAGAGCAGACUAAAAUGAGUUGCCGCACAGAUCAUUCCUUCCUCAUACAAUCUGCUCCAUGGAUCAAAAUUCCCUACCCAUUUCAGUGGGGUACUCCGAUAUUCAGAGCAAGCCAUGUCUUUGGAAUGAUAGGGGCAGCACUCGUUACAUCUGCAGAGUCAACUGGAACAUUUUUUGCAGCAGCACGUCUUUCAGGUGCUACACCCCCUCCAGCACAUGUUCUCAGCCGAAGUAUUGGCCUUCAGGGUGUCGGCCUGCUGCUUGAAGGGAUCUUUGGUGCUGCUGUUGGUACCACUGCAUCUGUUGAAAAUGUUGGCCUCCUCGGACUGACUCACAUAGGGAGCAGAAGGGUGGUGCAGAUUUCAACUGCUUUCAUGAUCUUCUUCUCCAUAUUUGGGAAGUUUGGUGCCCUCUUUGCAUCUAUUCCUUUAUCAAUAUUUGCUGCCAUCUACUGUGUUUUAUUUGGCAUUGUUGCUGCUGUUGGGAUCUCGUUCAUACAGUUUGCAAAUAAUAAUUCGUUGAGAAACAUCUACGUUUUGGGUCUGUCCCUGUUCCUUGGAAUAUCAAUACCUCAAUAUUUUGUGACAAACACCGAUCAAAAUAAUGGCCAUGGACCAGUAAGAGCAGAUGGUCAAUGGUUCAACAACAUUGUGAACACAAUAUUCUCGUCGUCACCGACUGUGGCAAUGAUCGUUGGGACGCUGCUUGAUAACACGAUUGAUUGGAAGAGCACAAUCAAUGAUAGAGGAAUCCCAUGGUGGGUUCCCUUCCAAAACAGGCAUGGAGAUGUAAGAAAUGACGAGUUUUACAGUCUUCCCCUGAGGAUAAAUGAGUAUAUGCCUACUAGAUUUCUUUGAAUGACUCAAAAGUUUCUUACCCGUUUGUACAUGAUGGCUGUAAACUAGGAGGAAAAUAUUGGUUUGUUGUGUGUAAAACGAUGUUCUAAACAUAGAUUGUACUUUCACCAGCGCCGAGACAUUGUGGUUUUUUUAUUUUGCAUGUCCUGAGCUUCUUCAUCCCCCAUCCGAGUCUCGGAAUGAUCACUGUAUUGAUCAAACGGUUAAGAAUUUUUGGGGUAUGUGAUGAAAGGUCCCAAGAUCUCUGAGAUAAGUUUGCAAUAGAAAUGUACAGAGUAAAUAUUAGCUAA